AUUGAGAAAUCACCAACAAGGAUAGCGAAGUUUCCAAUUAUUCUCAACAACUUAACAAUUUCGUUUCACUGCCGAAUUCCCAUAACCAGAAAUGGGCAUCAAAAACCUCACCAGAGCCUUCAUUUUCCUAAUGGCAGCAACCAUCCAUGUGAAUGGUUUAAUGCCCUACACAAGGUCAUUAUGGGACAUGGUGAUCCCUGAAGACUCAUUCAGAAUCCUCGAACACACACCGCUCGCCGUCCCCAAAGCCACGCAGCCAAUAGCAUUGGCUCGUGCCGACUGGAAAGAAACACCGCGAUUCCACGUCAUCGCCAUCGAUAUCCCCGGGAUGAAGAAGGAAGAUGUGAAGAUCGAGGUGGAAGAGAACCGAGUGUUGAGGAUCAGCGGCGAAAGAAAAGAGGAGGGAGUGGAAGGAGAGAAAUGGCACAGAGCGGAGAGGACGAACGGGAAAUUCUGGAGGCAGUUCAGGAUGCCUGGGAAUGCAGACUUGGAUCACAUCAAGGCUCAUUUGGAAGAUGGGGUUUUGAAUAUCACUGUGCCCAAGUUUGCCGAGGAGGCUAAGCGCCAAUCUAAGGUUAUCGACAUUGGUUCGUCGGCUGGUUCUGGUGAGAAUGUUGAGACCACAUCCAGGGCUGUCCAGUAGUGUGGAUAAUGUGUCUUCGUUUUGUGUCAUGGGUUGAUU